UAGCUAAGACAUUUAUUACAACCAUAUUGGGUCCGAGACAAUUUAUUCUAUCCAAAUCAGCGAUUACAUUUUGAGUACUUAGCUAAGGUUAUUAGUGUAGCUGAGUAACGUCCUAGAUGAUCGUUAUUGGAGGCAUGUAUUAUCUGCAUCGCCCACAACAACAGUACAACUUGCAAGCUGGUAAAGGUUGCCAACAGUUGCUGAACCAAGUCUUCUGAAUGCUGCCCAGUGUUCUCCUCUGUGCCCGUCCCCUCUCUACCAUCCUCGGCUUCACCAGGCCCCUGGCUAACUUCACAACCCACAUGGCUCCUAACCGACCCGUGGAGGGGGCUAUACGGACCAAGCUAACUCAGCAGCUGGAGCCAGAACACCUAGAGGUCCAUAACGAGAGCCACAUGCACGCCGUCCCCCCGGGCUCAGAGUCUCACUUCAGAGUCUUGGUGGUCAGCCCACGCUUCGAGGGACUCUCCCUGCUACAGCGUCACCGGUUGGUCAAUGAGACCCUAGCCGAGGAGCUCAGGACCUGUGUGCAUGCCCUGGCCAUCCAGGCUAAGACGCCCCAGCAGUGGUUCAGCAACCCCAGCCUGGCCAAGAGUCCACCCUGCCUGGGAGGAUCCAAGGGGGACCACACCGUGGAGGAGAAACUCAAGGCUGGUUCUGACUGAGCCAUCUGUGCAGGUGGUUCCAACAAAUCCGACUGUUAUGUAUUCAAGAGCUAGCCGAAGAAAAGGCCUGUGUAGCCCAUAUGACUGGACUUUCAACAUGCAGAAAGAAGAUGCCUAUAAACACUGGUUUCUCAACAGUGUGGGGAGGUUUUCUUCAGAAAAAUGGACAUCACUAGAAUGUUUUAUGGUCCAAUUUUACAGUAUCUCACAAAAGUGAGUACACCCCUCACAUUUUGGUAAACAUUUGAUUAUAUCUGUUCAUGUGA